CUUUUUUGGUGCGUUGGAGACGUUCAAAAACUCCCCUGGAGAUCUUUAAGGCUCAGGUGUUUGUUAAGCUCCAACAGAAUAGAGCCAAUAAACAUAUAUAUACAAUUACCAUGGAGCAAGAGGAUCUUACAGCUUCACAUUGGGAUGAUGUUAUAUCUCCAAACACCAACACCAAUUCUGCCUUGAGUAGUCAUUCAGUGCUUGAUAAUCCGUUAAAUAAUCAAUUUCAAAAUCUAUCUUUAAAUACUGCUAGUCAGAGUUAUUAUGGACAAUAUGAUGAAGAUGAAGAAGAUGACGAAGAGAAUGAUCAAGGUGAUAAUGUUAAUAUACACGAAGGUCAUGAAGAUACAAAUUCCAAUAUAGUUCAACUGAAUUAUAAUGAUUAUUCAAUACCUAAUAUUAAUGAUAAUUUGUUUGCUUCAACUGAUAACUAUAGAGAUAAUCAAUUAAAUGAUUUAAAAAAGGAAGAAAGAAAAGAGCAUCGUGAUCAAUUACUCUCUGAAUUAACUCAUGGAACUGAUGAAGGAGGAAUAUUAGAUUCAUCUGUAGUAUCUUCUAAACAAAUAAGUACUGGAGAUUCAUUAUUCCAUGAUAAAGGAAGUCCAAUUAAAGUAAAACCAAACCAACAAACACAAAUCACAUCACCAAAGAGGCCGAUUAAUUUAAAAAAUAGUCAAUUAUUUAGGGCCCCAAGACCCAGAAAAUUUAGUGGUCAAAUUAAUGCUAAAUUUCUCGGAGGUGAAGCAUCAAACUCAUCUGAAAAAGAAAAUAAUGGUUCAUUAGGUCCUUUAGGUAGUAAUCAAGAUGAUUCCAAAUCUAAUGAUAGAUCUUCAGUCAUGUCUAGUACUAGAGCUGAGUUAUUGGCUAAAGAGGCAGAUGCUCCGUUAUAUGAAAUUCAAAGUAAGAAAACAGAUGAACAAAAAAUUCAAGAAUUUAGGACUCCUGAAAGUAAAACUUCUGAUGCUGAAUCAAAAAUACCAAUAGCAAAGAAGAAUGGAGAGCUUCCUCCAGCAGCUGAUAAUAAUAAGCUUGUUAUAAGUGUAGGAGAUCCUAUGAAAGUUGGAGAUAUAACAACUGCUCAUAUUGUAUAUUCGAUCAAAACAAAAAAUACUAAUCCUGAAACCAAACAUUUCCCCAUAAAAACAGAAGAUAAUGUAAUUGUAUCAAGGAGGUAUAAAGAUUUUAGAUGGAUUUAUCAUCAAUUACAAAACAAUCAUCCAGGAAGAAUCAUACCACCUCCACCAAGUAAACAAACUUAUAUUGGUAGAUUUAAUGAAAGCUUUAUUGAAAAUAGACGAUUAUCGUUAGAAAAAAUGUUAAGUAAAAUUAGUAAUAUUCCAAUUUUAGCUAAUGAUGCUGAUUUUGUUAUGUUUUUAACCAGUGAAGAUUUUGCUAAUGAAUCAAAGGAAAGAGAACGUUUAAGUGGUAGUGGAGCAUCUACACAAAAUAAUGAAUUUUUGGAUAAUGCUAUAACCGCCAAUGAUGCUAAUUCUGUUGCUAGUGGUAGUAGUGCAUCUACUGGAGGUAUAAUUGCAUCUACAGCUCCAAGUGGAGGAUUUAUGUCAUCAUUUUUCUCAAUUCCUACUAAGAUUAAUGAACCUGAUGAAUAUUUUAUUGAUAAAAAACAAUAUAUUGAUGAAUUAGAAUAUAAUUUGAAACAAUUAUACCUCGCUAUUGAAUUAGUUGGAAAUCAAAGAAAUGCAUUGGUUGGAGUUUAUGAUGAAAUUUCGUUGACAUUGGAUGAAUUAGCUGGACUAGAAAUACUGAAAAUUACAACCGAAUUGUUAGGAGCUUUUAGUCAAGUUCAAUUAAAGAUUAAGGAGAAUUUAGAUAGAGUUAAUCUUCAAGAUCAAUUAACUUUAGGAUUUUCAAUUGAAGAAUAUUUACGUAUUAUUGGAUCCAUUAAGUUUGUAUUUGAAACAAGAGCCAAAAUUUAUCAGCAAUUCUAUACAUUCAAUCAAGAAUUAGCUAAAAAGCAAGUUCAAUUGGAUAAACUGAUUCGAAAAUAUGGUAGUACUCAACAAGAAAAACUUAAUUUAUUACAAUUUGAAGUUGAUAAAUUAAAACAGAAAACCAGUACUUAUGAAAGUAGUUUUCAAACUAUUAGUGAAACAAUUAAAGAAGAACUUGAUAAUUUUGAAAUUGAGAAGAUUGAGAAUUUCAGAAAUAGUGUUGAAAUCUUUAUUGAGAGUUCUAUUGAAUCACAAAAGGAAGCUAUUGAAUUAUAUGAGACAUUUUAUGAACGUCAAAAUUUGGCUAAUGUAUAGUAUAAUCAUUAUCUCUCGUAUCUAUUCACAAUAAUAAUGUAUACUUAAGAGUUGUUGUAAUCGCAACUUCCGAACAAAAUUUUUUUGCGCCCAUUUCGUAUUGGAAUUCCUUCCUUUAUUGUAUGUAGCUAGCUCUUUGUUUCUGUCUUGUGCCUCAUCCUGGUAUGAAGACAAUACAAAGUGAGCCUUUUUUUUUGCCAUCUACUUACACGACAACAGCUGUAAGGGGGUAGGACAAUGGCUAGGCACUUUGACAGAUAUAUGUCUAGAGGUUAGUGUUUUAGUGUUUUAGUAUUUUAGUAUUUAUCUUAUCAUAAUCUUAUCACGGAUAAGCUCGGAAAGAAACGGCUUGACCCCUCUGCCAAAGCACACGACCCAAUUAGAAAGGGAUUAGACCCUAGUUACCUACUAUUAACUGAUGUACUUACCCGACAACCUAUUACUUAGUAAAGUAAAUGCCGAAAUAUGUCAAGUAAUGAGCGACU